GAUCCCAGGACCCUGAGAUCAUGACCUGAGCCAGAGGCAGAGGCUUAACCCACUGAGCCACUCAGGCGCCCCUGGCCAUAGUUUUUAAAGUAGAGAUUAGAAGGAGAAAUUAAUCUUCUGGUGUUUGGAUUGUGGAUGUUCUGGAGCCUGUGUCAGAGCUACUGAGAGCUCAGGUGGAAAUGAUUCUGCAGGGUGAAAUGAAGAGCGACUUGGUGGGUGUUGAUGUAAGAAGAUGAAAGCCAGCCCCAUCCGCAUUCCAACUGUCAGCAAUGACACUGACUGGGACUUCUGCUUCCACCUGUCCCAGCAAGCCAAGAUCCCAGCAUACCAGCAAAGAGACGAUUUGUGUUCCUCUAGCGGGUCUGGAGAGAGUGAAGAAGACACUACAGCCAAGGAGAACGCCGUAGGCUGCAUGUCUCUUCCUAAAGAGAAAUUAGCCCAAUCCCAGAAGAAAAUAGCUCAGCUGAUUAAGAAAAAGAUGAAUACCCAAGCAAACAAGGAGCUGAUACGCUGUGUCAUCCUUUCUCGGAUUAUUUUUGGGGAAGAACACUGGAAAUGUGCACAGGCUGUGGCCAGCCUGGCUUAUGGCUACCUGACACUGAGAGGCCUCCCAGCUCAGGCCAAGAAACACGCUGAGUCCGCCAAGAACACACUGCUGACCUGGAAGGACAGCACGACCUCAAACAAGGAGAAGAAGGAGAUCCUGGACACUCUGGUCAUGCUGUACUACACCCUGGGGGUGGCCUGGCUCCUGCAGAACCGUGGCAGAGAGGCUUAUCUCAACCUGCAGAAGGCAGAGAGAAACAUGGAGGAGCUGAAAGAAUUAUUUAAGGGAGGUGUUCGCAAAUCCCAAGUCUCGGAGAAAGACCUGACCAUUGCUUUGGGCAGGGCCUCCUUGGCCAUCCACAGAUUGAACCUCGCUCUGGCAUACUUUGAAAAGGCAAUUGGCAAUGUUAUUGCUGCUGAGGGUGAUAGGACAUUGGAUCUGGUCAGUCUAUAUGAGGAAAUCGCUCAGAUUGAGCAGCUGAGGAGGAAUCAUGAUCGGGCCAUCCAGUACUUGCAGCAGGCCUAUUCUAUCUGUGUUUCUUUGUUCACUGAAGCCAGCCCCCAAACUGCAGAGGCAAGCGCGUUACUAGCCAAGGCUCACGCCAUGUCUGGAGAGGCCCAACACAGGGAUGCUGUUGAGAUAUAUUUUAUAAAGAGUAUCAAUGCCUAUCAAGCAACAUUGGGCCCAACAGAUUAUGAAACACUGACAGCUAUUGAAGAAUUCUGCAAAUGGCUUGUCCAGAAUGGGGAAAAACAGGAGGCUUAUAGACUGCUAAAGGCUGCACUGAAGUCUCAGGUCAUCAGCUAUGGUGACUGUAGUGAAAAGGUGGCCGAAACUUUUUACAACAUGGGCAGGAUCUGCUUUGCCAAAGGACAGCUCAGAAAGGCGAUUCAGCUGUUAAGGAAGUGUCUGAUGAUUCAAAUCCUCUUAUAUGGAAGUAAGCACAGUAAAAGCAGAGGCACAAGAGACCUCCUUACCCUAUUGCAGAGGACGAGUAACAGUUCAUCCAGGUGGAGAAGAGAAACCAUUCCAGGAAGAAGGAACUGUAUAUGCAAAGGCCCUGAGGCGUGACAGAGGACAGUGUAUAGAAGCAGUGGUCUUCUGUUAUCAUUAAGAGAAAAACCUCUAUACUAAGAUAGCCAACAAUAAAGCCAACCUGUUGAUAACAAAAAUUUUGGACCACAAGAUAUAUUUAUUAACACUGACAGCAAUGGCAGAUCAAAGGUGGAACUAAGGACUGUAAAGAAAAAAAAAAAAGAAAAAGAAAAAACGGUCUACUGAGCAGCAGUAUUACAGGUAAAAUACGCAGGGGCUGUUAGAACACAUGAUCCUGAUCGAUAACUUGGGGUGGGGAGGCGGAGGUCAGAAAUCUUUUUUAGCCUGAUGCUUUUAGCUUCUUAGUGACUGGGAUUCCAAUACCCUUCUUACUUCCCUUUUAUAGCUCAAAUUUCAUUCUUUUCAGUUCUGGCUUUUAAAGAAGAUUCUGCAAUAUCUAAGUUGGUGGAUAUUUUAAUAUACUGUUUGGAAGUAGUUUUAGUCAUAACCUGUUUCAGGUCACUAAAACUGCCCUGUGAAGAAAUAUUUGAUUUUCUGGAAACAUUUGCCCUGGUUUCAUGCCACGUGAAGGGUCAGAGGGGGUUUUUUAUUAUUUUUUUUUAUUAUUAUUUCUUAUUAUAAAUGAAGAAACUAGGGAUAAGAGAGACUGAUUUGUUCAAGGUCAGCCUAGUGAUUAUAAAGCUGACUUCCUGAAUCAUAGAUGAUUACAUCUUCCAUCCCACUCUGCUGCCCCCAACCCCAAACUGGAUUUAAAGAGAAGGAAUGUUCAAGGUGCUUAAAAAAAAAAUCCUUACCCCCUGAACAAAUGUGUAUCUAGGAAAAGAAAUCAGCAAUCUCAGAUUAUAUUCUUUACUGUCUUCUUCACCUACUUAGGGAGAAAAAUCAGAUUCCUGUGAGUUUACAAUAUAAGGAACUUAUUUUCCCUUUUCAUCGAUUCUCGGUUAUGUUGGCAGAUUUAAUGGAGCUCAAAGACUGUCUUUGGGAUCCACGUGUCUUCUAACAACAUCUCUCCUUCACUCAGUACUUAUAAGAACAUUUUGGUUCUUCAUUCAGAAAAUUAUUAUUUUUAAAUUUCAGUCCUUUGUUCAGUCUGACCUAAUGAUCAACCAGAACCCCGAGCAAGGUAUAGUGGUGAGUAGUGUGUUACGGCCUAAGCACAUGUAUAGCAAUUAAUCCAAUGGCUUGUCUAUAGACUGGUAGUCUCCCUCCUGCAGCUGUGUCCUCCCUUAGCUGAUUCCCAGAGAGCUUUCAGUUUGGCACUCAGGACUAAGGUCUCAGACUGCAGCCCUGGCUGGAGACGGCUAUCGCCCACUGACCUUUACUGCAGUGCUUGUGAACUGGUCACGCAAUCUGUCCUUGCUAAUUUUGUCCUGCCUGGAGACGGGCCUGCUGUUCUGACCCAGAAUAUUCUGGACUAAAGUCACCUUAGAAGAGUUGCUUCCUUUUUUACAUAUCCAGAUGAAAAUGGGUUUACAACAAUGACUGUGAUAAAAAACAAAAGUACCAGACAGAAGUGGCAAUUUGGACUCCACUUUGCAUGUCACUAAAAUUUUUAGAACUAAUAUUUUGGGAGACCCCAACAUCUUAAGAUCUCGACUGACACACCUGUAUCAGUAAAACAUUAGCAUGAAGUGUAACACUGCGAAAUAAAAUG